UUGUCGCGGGAAACUCAGCGCGCUCUGGAAGUAUUGUGUUAUUUUGCUAAUUUCUAACCGAUAUCUGUCGGAAUACAAGUGAUGUGGAUGGUUUUUAUCGAAAAUUCAACAUGAGGACGCCAUAACAUUCCAUAUUCACCAAGUGUGUGUUAAUCAUGUCUCGUCGCCUUACCAAAGAAGAGCUGGACCUUCAGUUCGAGCAGUUCUUGAAAGAGUCCGUGUCCGAUGACUCUGUGGAGUUUGGCGGGGGACCCAAGCGUCCCAGUGUGCUGGACAGCCUGGGCAAAACCCCACCGCCCCGGGUAGAGAGGCAGAAGACUCCCCCCACCACCCGACCCUGGUGGCAGGAUGAUGAUGAUGAUGAACUGGGGUCUUUGCUGGGCUCAGGCAGAAGCUUCCGGAAGUCUCUGCGGAAGACCCAGCCCAUCCACGAGGAAGAGGAGGAGGAACAGCGGCCUCGGAGGCGAGCUGCAGAGGAGGAGGAGGAGGGCCAGGGGGAUGCGGACAGGUCAGCCCUGGGCAUGGGCUUCAUCAGCAGAGACAGCCUGGAGCCUGAUGACUCUGUAUUGGCGUCGGGUCCUAUAGAUGCUGUGGUGCGUUCCGGUCUGGACACCCUGGAGGAGGAAGAGGAGGAGAGGCGUCGUUUCUUCGCUCGCCUGGAGGGCGGCGCCAACUCCACCAUCGACUACUCACGACUCAACCGCGAGCUGGACUCCACUGGAUCCACCCUCACCACCCUACCCAGGAGAACAGCUUUGCCCGAGGAGACAAAAGUGGAGGUGGAGGAGGAGGAGGAGAAGGAGAAGGAGAGCAAACCACCUGAUGCCCAGAAAGCCUCUCCAGGUGGCUCCGGAGACUACAGUGAUGACUUUGAUGAGGACGAGGCCAGCCAAGGAGCCAAGAAGUCACCAGAGUUGACUCCAGAUAGGCCUGGGAUGCUCGCUAAAGUGUCACUUCAUGACUCAUUCAACUCUGGGGAUGAGGCAGUGCACCCGGCAGAACACUCUGAGAACAGCAGCAGAAAUGAGGAAGAGGAGGAAGAGGAAGAGGAGAUGGAGGAGAAGAAGGAGGAGGUGGUAAAGGAGGAUAAUAAGCCGGCGGGGAAGGAGGAUGAGGAGGAAGAACAUGCUGCCGAAGCCCCCGCAGGUGUGUCGUACGGGCAGAGUGGGGCCAGUGAGGUGGAGGCCUUGCAGGAGGCGUACAAGCAGCUGAGCCACCUGGAGGAGUCGGAGGUCAAAGAUCAAAGUUCAUUAGUGGGACCGCUGGGAGGAGGCACUGGGAACACCCUGUCUUCAUUAAUGCCCCCCCUGACCUCCACACUGAAACCUGUCUCCACCACAGAAUCAGACCUGCCCACUGCUGAGGAACUGAUGCGCCCCAUUGGUCCAGACUCCAGCUUCACCCGCGGCUUUUCCCUUCAACCCGUCAGUGAGGUGGAGCUGCAGGCAGAGGAGACGGAGAUGCGGGAGGAGAGGAGUUCUGCAGGAAGAGGCCUGUUGGAGGAGGAGAAGGAGAAGCAGAAAUUUGAGGAGAGGUCGGUCUCAGUGACUCAGCACAGCAGCAGCAUCGCUGAGGAGGUGCGGAGACUGUUGAAGGAGCAAGGGGAGGCGCAGGGGGAGGAGACGAGUCCCCAGCCUGCCCGCGUCAGCCGGACCAAGGCCAAGAAACGGCAGCCUGCCUGGCGUCCAACCAUCUUCGCCCCCACGUCCUCGUCCCUGCGCAAGGCCCAGACACCUCCGCCUCAACCCACUCCGGCCGACUCCAGACCGGCCCAGUCCCUUUCCCAGUCCCAGUCCCAGUGCACGGCGGGUCGGAGUGGACCGACGGCAAAGACCCCCUCCCCCCUGGCAAGGAGGAGGCAGCCCAACCAGGAGCACCCUCCCAGCCGCAUACCCACCCUCGCACCACAGGACCACCAGCCCAGCAGGCGGCCCAUCGUCUCGCAGACAGUCACCAUCAGAGCCGCGGAAUCUGAGGCGAGCCUGCGUGUGAGUAGUGAUGUGAUGGCGUCUGUGCAGUCGUUUGCUGCCUUCCUACAGCAGCAGAUGGAGGAGAGCAUCAACAGCUGCAACCAGGGAGGAAGCCUCAACACAGACACGCCACACACACCCUCUAAAGGCCCCAAACAGCCACCAGGGGAGGUGCUGGAGGGUGCAGGUGCUGGUGCAGCAGAGCAGGUGGUGGGUGCUCCCUCUGGGGCGCUGGCGCCCCCUAAAGACGGGGGUGAAGAGGCGGAGCGUCUGAGGCUGCAGCUGGAGCAGAGGGGGAGGGAGGCGCAGCGCACGGAGGAGGAGCUCGGUCGACAGAUCAGAGCCCUCAAGCAGGAGAACUACCUGCUGCAGAGCCAGCUGCAUCGGGCGGAGGAGGCGUGUGAUGGAGGGUUGGGUGGUGCAGGGGACCCGGUUACUGAGGAGAAGCUUCAGCAACUGCAGAAGGACAUCAGAGAGCAGGAGACCCUGCUGCAGGGAUACCAGCAGGAGAAUGAGAAGCUGUAUGUGCAGGUGAAGGCCCUGAAGGCUCAAAGUAAGCGUAGUGAAGAGGCCAUGUUCACAGAGAACCAGAGACUCCUUCACGAGCUGGCAAUCACCAGGGACAAGCUGAGCAGGAGCAGUGUGCAAAGGGGUGCUGGAGUUGGCAGCACCAGUGAGCCUGGCUACAGCGUGUCUGAGCUGCUGGUGCAGGUCAAAGGGCUAGAGAGAACGGAAGCCAGACUUUUGGAGGAGGCUCGAGCACUGAGGCAAGAGAAGCAGGCAUUGGAGGUGGACCUGGAUGUAAUGAAAAAGGAACGAGACCUGGCCAAACUUCAGACGCUCAACACUUCAGGCGAGCUGGCCUAUGAGCUGAAGGUGGUGGAGCAGAGGCAUGAGGAGGAGGUGUGUGGGCUGAGGAGGAGGCUGCAGUGGUACUCAGAGAACCAGGAGCUGCUGGACAAAGACUCAGGACGCCUCAAAGCCGCCAACGCAGAGAUCAGCAGCCUCCAGGAGCAGGUGAAGAGUCUGAUGUCUCAGGUGGAGACUAAGGCGUGUCAGCAGGCGAGGAAGGCGAAGGAGAGGGCAGCGGACGCCAAGAGGAUCAUGGACCUGGAGAGACAGGUUAAGGAGAUGGAGGAGAUCCUGAGGCGUCGGCACCCCAACUCCCUGCCAGCCCUGAUGUACGCAGCCGCAGCGGCAUCAGCAGCAGAGGAAGAGAAGAAAGACGAUGAGGAGGAGGGAGAGAGGACCACCACCACCAUCCCCAGCCAGAGGCAGGGCGUCAGGUCCCCGUCUGCCAACCCCCCACACAGCACCAUCCUGCUGCAGCGUCGUGUCCAGCGCCUGGAGGCCGAGCUGGAGAGCCGAGACGAGGACGCCAAGCGCAGCCUCCGCGCCCUGGAGCAGCAGUUCUACACAGUCAAGUUCAAGUAUGAGGAGCGGAUAGCCGAACUUCAGAGGCAGCUGUCUGAGACCUGCCAAUCACCACGGAAGACUGGACGACCCCAGGAAGGAGGGUUGGAGGAAGGUGAAGAUGACAAAGACCAGCCUGAGGAGGAGGAGGAAGAGGGAGGAGCAGUGUUAGUGGCCUCUGCUCGCUCCCCCCAGAAGGGCCAGAAGAAGACUGUGGGCCAGAAAGCAGAGAGCCAGAGCCAUGACGCCGCCCUGCAGACGGAGCUGGCCAGCCUUCGGCAGCAGCUGUCCAAGCUCCAGCAGCAACACUACGGCUCCAAUCAGGGGGCUCCACUGGCGCCCCGCAGCCCGGGCGGCGCCAUCACCCAGCGCAGCGUGCGGCAGGCGGAGGAGGCCAUGCAGCAGCGUGUGGAGCGGCUCACGGCAGAGCUGAACGCCAAGAGCCGCAGCCUGCAGGAGCUCACGCGCACCGUGGAGAGGCUGCAGAGGGAGAGGAGAACCAUGCUGUCCGGACACUGGGGACCGCCAGGGGUCAAGGGUCAAGACAGCGGGUUCAGAGGUCAUGAGGAGAAGGCCAAGGGCAAGAGUUGCGCUAUAGGAACGAGUACCACCACCACCACCACGUCCGCAGCUGCUGCUGCUGCUGCUGCUAAUAAAGGCACCAUGACCAGCCUGGAGAGCUUCCCUGCCACGCAGGACGAGAAGGCAUACCAGCCGGCCGAGUUCGCAGAGUCCCAUAUCUCUGAGGUGCUGGAGGAGAGGGCAGCGCUACAAGAGAGGCUGGCCAAGAUAGAGGAAGAGACUCGCAGGGAGAUGGAGGAGCUACGGCGGGCUGCUAGCCACGCUCAGGCUGAACUGCAGAGGGUGAUGGACCAGAGUGGCCAGCAGCUGGCUGCCGUCUCUGCCAGCCACCAGAGGGAGCUAGAGGGGCUGCGCGCCCACCACGCCCUCGAACACUCCACGUCCAAGGUGGCCGAGCUGGCCAAUCAGCUCAGGUCUCAGGAGAUUGUGGUGCGUCAUUUGCGUGAUCAGGUGAAGGAUCUGCAGUUGACUAAGGAGGCCUUGAACGUAUCCAAACUCAGAGAGGACACCCUGCAGACUCAGCUGACGAGGCUUCUGGAGGAGCUGAAGCAGGCCAAGGAUGCUCACACUCCCGAGCUGCGCCACUUCACCAGCCUGGAGCGUAAGAUCCUCAACAUGGAGCGCCGCUACGCAGAGAGGGAGAAGGAACUGCAGCAGGUGAUGGAGGAGACUCGUGUAGCGGCGCGGGCCGAGCAGGAGGGGGAGCUGGAGCGCUGGAGGCGCCUGGCCCAGAGCCGCGGCCGAGAGGUGGACGCCUUCCGCCUGGAGCUGGACGCCAUCUUGGACACGCUCAGGGAGCUGCAGAGGCAGGGGGUGGUCAUCCCCCCUCCCCAGCAGGACACCAGGAUACCCUGGGGACGAUAACCACACCC